AUGAACGUUCGUGAAUGCCACUUCGAAGCAGAUACUACUGGUUAUUCGCCACUACACAGGCCAAUAGAGGAACACAUACAAACUGGCGUGAUCAACCUAGAUAAACCCUCUAACCCGUCCUCACACGAGGUUGUUGCUUGGGUAAAAAGGGCGUUGUGCGUGGGGAAAACUGGGCACAGUGGCACACUGGACCCGAAAGUAACAGGUUGCCUUAUUGUUUGUAUCGACCGAGCAACAAGACUUGUGAAGUCGCAGCAAAGUGCAGGAAAGGUAUAUGUUGGCAUUUUCCGUCUACAUGAAGCUCUUGAUGACUACAAACGUGUUCAUCAGGUAUGCCGGUUGAGAUUUCGUAACGAUUCUCAGGCCGUAGAAACUUUAUCUGGAGCGUUGUUUCAACGACCACCGCUUGUAGCGGCUGUUAAGAGGCAACUGCGAGUCAGGACUGUGUAUGAGAACAAACUUUUGGAAUACGAUAAGGAAAAAGGACUAGGUGUUAUCCGUGUGACAUGUGAGGCUGGCACUUAUGUCCGCACCCUGUGUGUGCAUAUUGGAUUGUUGCUGGGCUGCGGGGGCGUAAUGGAAGAACUCCGGCGGAUUCGUUCUGGUAUCCUCACUGAAGAGGAUAAUAUGGUCACGAUGCACGAUAUACUCGAUGCUAAGUGGCUGUAUGACAACAGGCGGGACGAGUCUUACCUUCGCCGAGUAAUUAUGCCGCUUGAAAAGUUGCUGAUUGGACAUAAACGGAUUAUGCUGAAGGACACUGCAGUGAGCGCUAUAUGUUAUGGUGCAAAAUUGAUGUUGCCGGGCGUCCUACGCUACGACAACGACAUUACUGUUAACGACGAAAUUGUCCUUAUGACUACCAAAGGUGAAGCUAUCGCCAUUGCCAUAGCUCUCAUGACGACGGCUACUAUCGCGACAUGUGAUCAUGGGCUGGUUGCCAAGCUGAAGCGCGUGAUCAUGGAACGUGACCUGUACCCUCGUCAAUGGGGUCGUGGCCCCGUCGCAAUGGAGCGAAAAAAGCUGGUGGCCCAAGGCCUACUGAGCAAGUAUGCGAAACCUGGGGAAGCUCCUCCUGUGGUCCCAGCGGCAUCCAAAGUGCGAAAUUCACAUAACCCUGUGCCGGUCUCUUCGAGUUCUAGUGAUGAGGAACCUGGACCUCCACGGUCGAAGAAGAACCCAAAGAUACAAGAACCGUCUUCGGAUGAAAGCGAUUAGCAUGAGCCCGUUUUGUACAGUGUGUUCGAAAAAGAUAUUUUUACAGACUCGUGCUCUUCUAAUCG